AAUAUGAAGGUGAAAUAAAGACUCUCUCAGAAAUUUCGCACCAAGCUGGCGGGUAAUCCCCAUAUCGGUGUGACGUGCUAGCUCGCAAGUGUUUUCUGCUGCUGUCAUGGUUCGUCCGCUAAACUGCAUCGUUGCUGGGUCCCAGAACAUAGAACAUCGGCAAGAUCGGGGACGAGCCAUCGUCAAGAACGGGGACCUGCCCUGGCCCCUGCUCAGGAAUGAAUACAGGUAUUUCCAAAGAAUGACCACAACUUCUUCAGUAGAAGGUAAACAGAAUUUGGUGAUUAUGGGUAGGAAGACCUGGUUCUCCAUUCCAGAGACGAAUCGACCUUUAAAGGACAGAAUUAAUAUAGUUCUCAGUAGAGAACUCAAGGAACCUCCACAGGGAGCUCAUUUUCUUGCCAAAAGUCUGGAUGAUGCCUUAAAACUUAUUGAGCAACCAGAAUUAACAAAUAAAGUGGACAUGGUUUGGAUAGUGGGACACAGUUCAGUUUACAAGGAAGCCAUGAACAGGCCAGGCCAUCUUCGACUAUUUGUGACAAGGAUCAUGCAGGAAUUUGAAAGUGACACAUUUUUUCCAGAAACUGAUUUGGAAAAAUGUAAACUUCUCCCAGAAUAUCCAGGUGUUCCUUCUGAUGUCCAGGAGGAGAAAGGCAUAUUUGAAGAAUAUGAAAAGAACAGUUAA